AUGAUAGCAAUCUCUGCAGUCAGCAGCGCACUCCUGUUCUCCCUUCUCUGUGAAGCAAGUGCAGUCGUCUUACUCAAUUCCACUGACUCAUCCCCGCCAACCAAUAAUUUCACUGAUAUUGAAGCAGCACUAAAAGCACAACUAGAUUCUGCGGAUAUCCCUAAAGCCAGGCGGAAGCGCUACAUUUCGCAGAAUGACAUGAUCGCCAUUCUUGAUUACCAUAAUCAAGUUCGGGGGAAAGUGUUCCCACCAGCUGCGAACAUGGAAUAUAUGGUUUGGGAUGAAAAUCUUGCAAAAUCUGCAGAGGCUUGGGCAGCUACUUGCAUUUGGGACCAUGGACCUUCUUACUUACUGAGAUUUUUGGGCCAAAAUCUGUCGGUACGAACUGGAAGAUAUCGCUCUAUUCUCCAGCUGGUCAAGCCAUGGUAUGAUGAAGUGAAAGAUUAUGCUUUUCCAUAUCCUCAGGAUUGCAACCCCAGAUGUCCUAUGAGAUGUUUUGGCCCCAUGUGCACACAUUAUACGCAGAUGGUCUGGGCCACCUCCAAUCGGAUAGGAUGUGCAAUUCAUACUUGCCAAAACAUGAAUGUUUGGGGAGCUGUAUGGCGACGCGCAGUUUACCUGGUGUGCAACUAUGCCCCAAAGGGCAAUUGGAUUGGAGAAGCACCAUAUAAAGUAGGGGUACCAUGUUCAGCUUGCCCUCCAAGUUAUGGAGGAUCUUGUACUGACAAUCUUUGUUUUCCAGGAGUAACAUCAAACUACCUAUACUGGUUUAAAUAA